AUGCAACGGAAGCAGCUGUCUGGUCUCCGCUCUGAACUCAAGCGUCUGCAUGAUAGUGGUGACCAUGGCUGGGUUAUAAGAAACUCGUAUGGUUCUCCAAAAUGUGACCGAAAUAACACCACUAGUGGCUGUUCUAGGGGUGGAGGGAUCCUUGUUGACAUAUGUGUUGACCUCCUAUCAUAUCUAAUACCUGUAACUUGUUUGGGUAUUGAGGUUUUGUUUGCGAUCUUUACUCUCAACAGGAAAAAGUAUAUAAUUAACAGUGCUUACCUACCUCCAAACUCUCCUCCUCAAUCCUAUGAGACCUUUAUGUCUACUGUUAAGAAUCUACUUUCCAUUUAUUCUGACCAUUUUUUUAUUUUCUGUGGUGAUUUUAAUGUUCCACAUGUUUCUUGGUCGAAUGACUGCUAUGGUCUGGUUUAUUCUUCUACCUCUGGCUCUCUUAUCAAUUGUCUCCCGGAGACUUUUGCAGCGAAUAACUUCUUUCAAAUCAACGAUAUUUUUAAUAAAUCAGGGCCAUUAUUAGAUCUUAUCUUCGUGAAUCUUAUUCAGUAUAAGGUAAAAUCUGCAUUGAACCCAGUAGUACCUGAAGACCGCUAUCACCCUGCGUUGUACAUUGAUUUUAUUCCAGUCACCAAUAUACCACAAAUUUAUUCUUCUCAUUACUACUUCAACUUCCGCAAGGCUAAUUAUCUUCUUAUAAAUACAUUUUUGCUAUCUUUCAAUUGGUUAGACACUUUUUCUAAUUUGGAUGUUACUUCUGCCGCAUAUGCACUUUUUGAUACACUACACUUAUCCAUUCUGCGACAUGUUCCUAGUGUAAAAUUGUCCCGGUCUAAUUUUCCUUUAUGGUUUUCUAAAGAUUUGAUCGAUCUAGUAUUUCAAAACAGAAAAGCUCACGCAAUCUUUAAGUGCUCAAACAACUCAAACGAUUAUCAAAAUUUCAGUUUUCUUCGUGCUAAAUAUAAAUACUUGAGUAAGCAAUGUUACAAAAAAUUUAUCAGCUCUACCAAAGAAACUUUUUGUGCUAAUCCAUCUAAAUUUUGGGAUUUUGUUAGAAAGAAUAAAUCAGGUCAGUCUACUCCCAUGACAGUCACGCUCAAUGGUCUUACUAGUAAAAAUAAUAAUGAGGUAGUAUACUUUUUCUCUAAACAUUUUAAUUCUGUAUAUUCUAGGUCAAAUGUCAACUAUAUACCUGAGUUAACCCAAUCCCUAAAGUCACUUAUUCAUUAUCUUCCGAGCAACUGUUUCUAUGACAUAUCAGAUGUUGAUAAAGGUUUAUCACGCCUGAAAGGAAAUAAUUCUACUGGCCCAGAUGGUAUUUCAGGUGAUUUCUUAUUCGCGAUCAGAUCGCCUAUAUGUUUCCCUUUAUGGCUUCUAUUUCGAAAAUCACUUGAUUCUAGAUCCUACCCUGAAAUACUCAAACUUAGUUUCAUAACGCCGGUAUUUAAAUCUGGUGAUAUUUUUAAUGUAGCUAACUAUAGACUAAUAACUAUCAUCAGUCACAUAGGUAAACUGUUUGAAUCUUUAGUCUUAAGUUGUAUCCAACCUGCGGUAAAUCAAAUCAUAGUGGAUGAGCAACAUGGUUUCAUGCAAUCUUGUGUUAACUGA